AAGCACAGGCCAAGGCAGGCGCGGCGUGGCCGCCACCACUGCCUCAAUAUCAACGUCGCGGCAACGCGCCAAGGGCGCCACGCCCACCUGCGAAACCAAGGCGCGGCCAGCGGGAACAUCGCCUCCAAAGCUUCUGGACGCAGGACAAAACACCUCGCGUUUGGCGGCCUGGGAUGCGUCCACCGGCGCAUCGCGUACUCAGAAAUUUUCUUGUUUGCGGGCAUCAUAUAAGGAAUCAAGCGGGGCGAAGGGGAAGCCGCAAGCCCACCGCAGCAAAGAUGCAGCAGCCGCAGCAGCAGCACAGGACGGCCAUGCGGAGGGACGGCGAGAGAGAACACCGGAGGGCGGCGGCGGACGAGACGGCGCAUCGGAGGGCGGCCGAGGCGCCUCCACGCCGCACGGAGAGGGCGGCCGAGGUGCUGCCCGCCGCCCACAGGACCGAGAGGGCGGGCGAGACGGCGGCCACCGCCCGGAGAGCGGCGGAGAUGCCCGCCCGCCGGACGGAGAGGAAGAAGAGCCUGGAGAGCCUCCUGGACGCCGCGGACGUGCGGGGGAAGCGCGGCGGCCCCGUGCCGGCCGUCGGCGAGAAGAUCACCACCUUCCCCGGCCAGGGGCUCGAGUUCAAGAACCUCUCCUACAGCGUCAUCAAGAAGCAGAAGAAGGACGGGGUCAAGAUCAAGAAGGAGGUGUACCUGCUCAACGACAUUUCCGGGCAAGCGCUCCGCGGCCAGGUCACCGCCAUCCUCGGCCCCAGCGGCGCCGGCAAGUCCACUUUCCUCGACGCCAUUGCCGGGAGGAUCGCCAAGGGGAGCCUCGAAGGGUCUGUCAGCAUCGACGGACGACCCGUCACCACGAGCUACAUGAAGCAGAUUUCCUCUUACGUGAUGCAAGACGAUCAGCUGUUUCCCAUGCUUACGGUGCUGGAGACGCUCACGUUUGCAGCUGAGGUCAGGCUCCCGCCAUCCCUCUCAAGGGCUGAGAAGCUCAAGAGGGUGUGGGAACUCAUUGAGCAGCUUGGUCUGCAGACAACCGCUCACACAUACAUUGGGGAUGAAGGGGUGCGAGGGGUCUCUGGCGGGGAACGCCGCAGAGUGUCGAUCGGCACAGACAUCAUCCAUAAGCCAUCUCUCUUGUUUCUCGACGAACCAACCUCCGGCCUCGACUCCACUAGUGCACACAGUGUGGUGGAGAAAGUGAAGGAUAUCGCAAGAGGAGGAAGCAUUGUGCUCAUGACUAUCCAUCAACCAUCUUUCAGGAUCCAGAUGCUUCUCGACAGAAUUGUCAUCCUUGCAAGAGGACGACUGAUCUAUCUAGGCAACCCAACCACACUUCCCACAUACCUUGCUGGAUUCGGCCGGCCAGUACCUGAGGGAGAGAACAGCAUGGAGUAUCUACUGGAUGUCAUCAAGGAGUACGAUGAAUCGACACUGGGACUUGAGCCUUUGGUUGCAUACCAGAGGGAUGGCAGCAAACCCACUGAAGCUGCGAAGACUCCGGUGCCGAGAACACCGAGGACACCAUACCAGAAGUCAGUCCAGUUCAGGCAAAUGCAACUCAAAAGCAACCAGUUUUCACUUGCAAGCGCAACGCCUCAUGCUAACCCCUUCUCAAACUUUGAGUCCUACAAUAUUGAUGACGAGGAGGGUGAUUUCGACAAUUCUCUUGAGAGAAAAAUACAGACACCGAUGCAUCCUGCAAACUCGGGCUACCACCCAAGAUUAGCUUCACAGUUCUACAAAGAUUUCUCAGUCUGGGUUUACAAUGGUGUCGCAGGGACGCCGCAGCGCAGGCCAACUUGGACUCCAGCUCGAACACCGGCAAGGACCCCAAUGUCAAGCUACCAGCGAAGCCGUGUGAAUACGCCGCACAGGUCAAUUCCUCCGUCUCCCCAAGAACCAGUGUUCAAGCCAGAAGAGCCAGACUAUGAGGAGCAGGGGCUUGACAUUGAGCCACUAGAUGCACCAGAGGACGGGCCCAAGUUCGCCAAUCCUUGGCUCAGGGAGGUGGCUGUACUUUCAUGGCGUACCGCACUGAAUGUCGUGCGCACACCGGAGUUGUUCCUCUCUCGUGAGAUUGUGCUCACCGUCAUGGCGCUCAUCCUCUCGACGCUGUUCCAUCGCCUCAGCGGUUCCGAUUUCCUGACCAUCAACCGCAUCCUCAACUUCUACAUCUUUGCAGUCUGCCUCGUCUUCUUCUCCUCGAAUGAUGCAGUGCCAACAUUCAUCCAGGAACGCUUCAUCUUCAUCCGCGAGAGGUCACACAAUGCAUACCGUGCUUCGACCUACGUGAUCUCCUCCCUCAUUGUCUACCUUCCCUUCUUCGCCAUCCAGGGCUUCACCUUUGCGGUGAUCACAAAGUUCAUGCUCCACCUGAAUAGCAGCUUGCUCUACUUCUGGAUCGUCCUCUUUGCGUCGCUCAUCACAACAAAUGCCUAUGUGAUGCUGGUGAGCGCGCUUGUUCCGAGCUACAUCACUGGCUACGCCGUCGUGAUUGCAACGACGGCGCUCUUCUUCCUCACCUGCGGGUUCUUCCUGAAGCGGAACAAGAUCCCGAUUUACUGGAGAUGGCUUCACUACAUCUCCGCAAUCAAGUACCCGUUUGAGGCGUUGCUCGUCAACGAGUUCAAAGGCGGCCAUUGCUACACCGGCACAAAAAAUCAGCUGUCACCAGGACCUCUAGGAGAAAUCAAGUUGAGUGGCCUUCAUGAUCAACUGAACCCAAACAUCACAACAUGUCCCCUGAUAGGCCAGGAUGUGCUCACCUCCAUGGACAUCACAAUGGACAGCAUCUGGGUUGAUGUUGCAAUCCUCCUUGCCUGGGGUGUGCUCUAUCGGCUCUUCUUCUAUGUGGUCCUCAGAUUCUACUCCAAGAAUGAGAGGAAGUAAAUAGCUCUCCAGCAAAGGCAUACCAAAUAUGUAUCCCAUAUCUCUUUGUGUGCAUUUGUGAUCUUUCUCAUUCUCUUUUGGCAGAAUGCAUUUGUUAUCUCCUUUCAGCACAUUGCUACCAGCUUUAAUCUAUGUAAUGGAAAGUUUGCCUUCAAAAGCAUCAAGCGAAAGCCAA